AUCAAUAUUUACAAUAUAUUUACAAGGUAUCUAAGACGUUAUUAUUAUCCAAUUGUGAUGGAAGCGAUUAAGAAAUUCAUCGUAGCGGAAUUUGCUGAUGGUCUUCAAAUCAUACCUGCAAAAUGGCUAAAUACCUCGAGAAACAAAUGUAUCUGGCCCAGUCAUUACAAAACAAUGCGCCGUUUACAUUCAGCGAUAAUUACAGAAGAGCUGCCUAAAGAUGAAACUGACUGGGAUAAAUUACUCAUAAAAAGAAUCUUUGGAAGCGCAGACACUUAUGAAAAAGCCAUGGAGAAAUUAACACUAGCGCAAGAUACAUCAAAUGUAGAUACUGGGUUGUCAUCUGACGAAUUAAAACAGCGCAACAAAAAAAGGAGGCGUGAGAAGGCUAAACGAAAAUUGUCCUCUUCAUUGGAAGAUGAUUUACUUUGUUUUACUGAAAAUAAAGAAAAUUAUCCACACGGGAAUAAACAGCUACCACCAUUUCCUGAAUUGGACAAGUUUACACAGAAAAAACAAAAAUCUUAGCCACAGCAAAAUCUUGUUCAUUAUGAGGUAAAUAAUAAUUAAACUAACUAGUUUUAAUAUAUAAUACUUUAAGUCUUUAAGAGAUACUGCAUUUUUAUUUGUGAAAAUAAUAUUUUUUUAUAGGCCAACGCAAGCACGAGUGCACUAACUGAAGCAGAAAAGUGUACAAGUACCAAACAAAUUAGUAACAACCAAGAGGAACGAACAAAUAAAAAUGCUGUGAUUAAUGGUAAUUCUUCUAGAAUAGAUAAUAUCUAUCUCUUAUAAAUGCAAAAAGUAAAGGAAUACUAUUUAUUUAAAAUUCAUAUUUUUAUCGUUUAUCAUUAUUGGAGUGCGAGACUUUGUGGUGUCGGUGAGCCGGGCCUUACCCCUAUCACGACCGGCAAUGUCGCGGAUAGCAGCGGCGCACAUGCGCUGCUUGUGGAGGGGAGAACGCCGCGUGCGUGACCUACCUCACUCUCUCGUCGUUCGUAUCGGGACGUGUUCGUAUCGGUACUCUGUACGAUUGAAGUAUUUUUGUGUUAAGUGUUAAAGAGGAAUAAAGAGUAUAGAGAAACCACAUGCAGGAUCUUUUUCGCAGCACACCCUCGAAACCUAAUAUCCUUCAAUCAUAUCAGACCAUGAUAUUUAAGACCGCAGUUUAAUAUUAUCACAUAUUAUUAUUACAAUAAAUAAUUUAUUCUUACACAAAUGUUUUUUUAGUUCCUUUAGAGUUUCAGAAACAAGUUGUGUCAAAACUAAAUAAAUUGAUUUACAAGUUAAGUACAAUAGAAAAUCGCCUAGAUGAAUUAAAAGAACACGAAUUGUCUGAAACUUAUCAAACUGAUUGUACUGAAUUAGAAUCUUGGCUCCCUGUAAAAACUCUAGAAGAACUUACAAAAUUCGAAGAAAAAUUAAAAGAAACACAUUUUAAAAAUCAAUUGGUAAGAUGUACACAUAAUAUUAAAACUUGCUGGUAAUAUUUAUUUAAUGUUUAUAUUAUUUGUUUUUCUUUUUUAGUUGAAUACCUUAAAACUUCUUGGAGGAACAUCAACUCAUGUAAUGAUAGGCAAUGUAAUGAAAAAAAUACUAACCAACGAAUUGUCGGUUAAAUUUAGUUGGGCCGGGAUGAAGGGAAAACAAGCAUUUAAGAACCAGAGUUUGAUGAAAAUUAUUAUGCGUACGUUUUCUAUUUUUCAUUAGAUAUUUUUAUAUAAAAAACGUUACCAUUUUGUCUCUUUUCUCAAUUUUGAAAUAUUUAUUUACGUCGACAAAUUAUUUUUCAGAAUCAGUUCGACUAGUACCGCAAUACAGUCAAAUAUUGGACUCGGAAUUAACAGAAAUAAUGGCAAAAUGGCUGGCCAUUAUGGUUGCAAAGAGAAAGGUAAAUAUUAUUUAAAUAAUUUUUAUAAAAACUGCUUUAUUCGAGACUGUAUUAAUUUAUUUGAUCGUUUUUUUUUUUUUCAGAAAACGUACUUCAAUGGAUCAUUGAAACUGAAAAAGAAAUAUGCAGCUAGAAUCCUGAUUUUGUUUAAAACAUUUACGUUUUUUCCUAUAAAUUUUAUAUACAUGUAAUAUUUUAUAUGAGAUUUUGGACAUCAAUAAAUUUAAAAAGAAAAAAAAAAUUUUAAUACAAUAGAAAUAUUAUUUUUACUGUUUGUUGCAAAUACAUUCCCCUGCAACAUAAAUGCAAUAUUGCAAAGCAAUAUUACCAAAGCGGACAUUUUUUCUUUGUCACAAUAUUGCUGCAACGUUGCAGCUACAUUGUGCAAUCACUCUGCAAUAUUACAAUAUUGCGGUGCAAUAUUUCUGCAAUCUUUCUGCAAUCUUUCUGUGCUAUAUGGGAUUAUAUGUUUUUAAAUACAAUUAGAUCAAAUUUUUAAUGGGUUCCAUUUAAUGAAUCACAUUUUUGUGGUAAAUAUGGUAAAUUAAAAUAGAUUUUUAUGAAUAAAAGAUUAUUUACUUAUACUUGUAUUCAUUUACAUAAAC